GGUGUGAUUUCAGGAUGCUGCUCGGGAACCCGGGGAGGGGACGGGUUUGGGGCAUUUCUGAAGUCGUCGCUGCGGGCCUUGCUGCCCUUUUGUUUCCCUGCUGGGAGCUGGGGGAAGAGAGGAGCGGCCUUGGCUUGGCCGCGGGUCAGGGUUGUGCCUCCGGGAAGUCUGGGAGGCUCCCCGGGCAGCGCCGACGGCUCAGCGCUCUCUUCCCGCUGCGUCUCCCCACUCCCAGACUUCCUCCCCCUGAAGUGUGACGCCUGCGAGCAGAUCUUCUGCACCGACCACAUCGCUUAUGCCCAGCACGACUGCACCUCUGCCUACAAGAAGGAUGUGCAGGUCCCCGUGUGUCCCCUCUGCAACACCCCGGUCCCCGUGAGGCGAGGGGAGAUGCCCGAUGUCGUGGUGGGUGAGCACAUUGACCGUGACUGCAAGUCUGACCCCGCGCAGCGCAAGCGCAAGAUAUUCACCAACAAGUGUUUGAAGCCUGGUUGCAAGCAGAAGGAGAUGAUGAAGGUGAUCUGUGACCAGUGCCACAAGAACUACUGCCUCAAGCACCGGCACCCCCUGGACCACGACUGCAGCGGGGCAGGGCAUCCCCUCUCCAAAGCAGGGCAAGCUGCGGUUGCGAGAGCCCAGGCAUCCUCCUCCAAAACAGUCACCGCAUCGAGCAGUGGAGCUGCCCGGCCAGCAGACAGCCCCUCUUCUCUGGCCUCUGCCAGAGGAGGCAGAGCAGCUGCACCGCAGACUCCCAGCACCUCCCCUCCAGCUGUCAUGCUGCAGAAUGGGCUGAGUGAGGAAGAGGCACUGCAGCGAGCUCUGGAGUUGUCCCUGGCAGAGUCAGCACGCAGCUCAGCACAUCCACCCAGCAGCACGCAGGAGGAGGAGGAUCUGGCACUGGCCCAGGCGCUGUCAGCAAGCGAAGCUGAGUACCAACAGUCGCAGCGGCAGGCACACAGUUCCAAGCCAUCCAACUGCAGCAUGUCGUAGGCAGGCGAGGCAGGGUGUGGCAGUGGCUGUGGAAUCUCGCUUGUGACCUGAGGAGCAGCUCUGGCCUCCCACAUGGAUGCCCUGAGGUUCUGGCCUGGACACUGACGACAAGAGCCCCUCGCCAGGGACAAAUCAUCUCCCUGGGGGCUGGAAGCGAGCUACCAAACACACAUUGACACCUCACCCCUAGUAACUGUAUAAAAGUAGCGCAGCAAAUUGCUGAUGCUCCUGCAGAGGUGAAGAUGGCGUGGGACGAGGCCGAGCACACACUGACCAAAGCAAUCGACAGCACACGGUGUUCACUUCGCCACAGCUGCUGCAGCUGUGUCCCAGCACUGCUGGGACUGUGGGGUGAGGGCAGAGCUGGCCUGGAGGGGAGGGGCUGCGUGGGGAGGUCUCUGCAUGCUCCAACAUACAGCCGGGAUGCGUCUGCCUGCUGCGGUAGCGGGGGGCUCGAUUUUGUGCUCCAGGGAGGGCCGUGCCAGCCCUUCAGCAAAGACCAGCUGUGGCAGGGACAGUCUCUCGCACGGCUGAAUGUGGGGCCUCCCAGCAGCAUGAAGGCAGCCCCUUCCCUGCUCCCCGUGCCCUCGGUGCCUCCCCUGCUGUUUGCAUGCACAUGAGCACGUUGGGCCUUACCCAACUCGGCUGGGGCCCAGGACCCCUCUGAGACUGAAUGGAGCUGUGUUUCCUUUCUGGUUUAAUUUAACAAGGGCCAUUAACUGAAAAGUAGCCUCAGCAGUGACUUGACUGUGCCAGCGUCGCUCGCGCAGGAGGACUGCAGCUGCCUUCCUGCUGCUGGCUGUUCCUCUGCUGCCCUCAACUGUCCCAGGGCCCUGUUUUAAUGCUGCUGGGGCAGGAAAGCCUCCCUCCUUCCAGCUGGGCUGUGGGGGAUCCCCUCCUGGGGAACAGCAGCACAGGACCCCUUCUUGCAAACACAGCCCUGAGCCUGGAGCUGGUGUUUGAAGGCCUGGGGGGGCUGACUUGCAGAGCAAGAGGGGGAGGCUGCAGAGCAGUCCUGCUUUCGGACCCGCUCUCUCCAGCUCCCUUGCUGGAACCACUCCCACCUGUGGGGCUGGGCCUGGGUCUGUGCUGGGCUGAGCUGUUCCGCUCCGAGCAGCGUACAGCCGGGGUGGGGGGGUGUGGGUGGGGGGUUA